AUGGCAGGAUCAUUCUACAGGCACCACUGGGAUACUGUUGGUAAGGAUGUCAUUAGCAUGGCUAAGCACUUUUUCACCCAUUGUGAGCUCCCUAUUUCAAUGAAUGCAACCAAUUUGGUUCUCUUGCCUAAAAAGGAGCAGCCGAGUUCUAUUAACAACUAUAGGCCAAUCGCCUUAUGCAAUUACAAAAAAACUAAAGAUGGAUUCUUCCUGGUGAAGCAUGACAUGGAAAAGGCCUAUGAUAAGUUGGAUUGGCAUUUCUUGAAGGCAGUGUUGUCCAAUUGGGGUUUCCAUGAUACUUUUGUGGGUUGGAUCAUGAAUAUCAAAGUGGCUAGAAGAGCUACUCUGACCACUCAUCUCCUUUUUGCUGAUGAUAUUGUGUUGUUUAGAAAUGCGUCCGAAAAGGAAGCAAAAACUCUCAUGAAGUGUAUGGAUAUCAUUUGUUCUUGGUCUGGAGAGAAAGUUAGCAAACCAAAAUAUGUAGUGCAUUUCUCUAAGGGAGCUCCAAAUGCUAAGAGAAUGGCAUUAGCAGAAUUCUUCCAAAUGUCAAGAGCUAAGGGAGAUCGUUCCCAUCUAGGCCUACCCCUUCUUAUAUCCCGGUCGAGAGAAAAAGAUUUGAACUUUAUUCUUAACAAAGUUAAUGGUCAUGUUCAAGGAUGGAAAGAAAAAAUUCUAUCUAAAGCAAAGAGAUCAACAUUGGUCCAAGUUGUGUGGUCUUCACUAGUUUCAUAUGUUACAGCAUCAGGACCAAUGCCUUGCGCAUUACACGAGUCAGUGGACAAAGCUCUACGCUCAUUCUGGUGGGGUGAUACAGCAAAUAAGAGAAAAGUGCAUACUCUGUCCUGGGGGAAAUUAUGUGCGCCUAAGUUAUCAGGUAGCCUGGGUUUCAGAACUUCUAAAGCCAAUACUAAGGCAUUUAUGGUGAAGAGAGCUUGGGAGAUUCUAGUUGGGAAGAAAGGUAUUUGGCACGACUUAGUUGGGGCUAAAUACUUGAAAGGUGAGAACAUCCUCAGCUAUGUGAAUAAACCGAAUGACUCUCACUUAUCGAAGGGGAUCAUUCGUUCUAUGGACCUUUUGCAAAAAGGUCUCUACAGAAGAAUUGGAAAUGGGAAUUCUACCUCCAUUUGGUUCUAA